UGAGACAGUCACCGAGUCGGUUGACAGUAAAUUGUUGGAAGAAAAUGUGAGCAAUGUGAGACCAAUUAAAAUGACAAGAUUAAGAGCUAUUUAUGGUGAACCAGCAGUAGCAUCGGUGAGUACGCAUGAAUCUGACAGUAAGGUGUGUUUUUUUAAUGGGACUGGAGGAAAAUGCAUAGAGUCUCGACGUUUGAUUUGGACAACAAAGUUAAAACUUCUGCUAUGAAGACUUAAAAUUGGACACUACUUGGAAAACUUGCAUUUGAUGACAUGCAUGCGAUGGACGUCAUUGUAUAAUUCUGUAAGGAACAGAUCAGAGAGUAGUAUUAUUAAAGAUGAAUGGGAAGAGGUAAACCUUGAAGCAUUUGCAGAGCUAACAAUGUAUAUUGAGGAAAGUCUAUGUGAAGGAACAACUGUGUUUUGUUGUCUGAUCUGGUAAAGCUAUACACAACCCGAUUAGAGCAGCUGUCAGGUAUGAAGAUCCAAGUAGAAUUAACUCUACCAGACUGAAAGAAAAGCUGUUAUUAUAAAUGGCAGACAUGUAUGCUCAUACAGAUGGAGGUUUGUCUAACGUGUCAGGAUAGGAAUAUAGGAAUUUAGGAAUAUAUUUGAAGAAGCUUUAAGAGUAAUGAAUAAGAUUGGGGAUGGCAUCUCUCUAGUUCUGACAAGUGAAUUCCAACAUGGACAACUCUUCCAGAGGCGUCCAAGAUCUGCAAAGAGCUUAUUAGAUGUGGAUGUAAGCAAGCCUGCCGUGGUCUGUGAAAAUGCACCAAAGCAGACCUACCAGGUUCCCGUUUUGUGUCAAUGUGCAGGGAGUUGCUACUAUAUAACAUAUUCAUUUUAUGCGCAUACCGUUUUUUUGUUUAUAUUUAAACUCGAUUAUAUAUGUAACAUUUAAAUGGUUCAACAGUCUAUUCAAUUAAUUAUAAGUGGCUUAAUGCCUUCAUUACACAAUUGUGAACUUCAGUAAUUUAAAUAUAAGGUCAUUUCGUAAUAAUGGACACACACAGAAUUGGAGAGCCUAUGGGUGGACGUGGAGGUGGAAUUGUCGUAGUAUUUGACAAGGGAGACAAACACCGUAAUGUGUGUGAAAGGAUUUGCAAGCGACUGAGAUGGUCCAAGGUUGAUACCGAGUCACCUCUUUCUCUAGCCCUGCUGAAAAAGGAAACAGAAAGUGAAAGCGAUAGAGAAGGUAAAGCGAGCCCUGUCAAGAAGACACGCGUAGAUCUGACUACCAUCAGUGAUCGUGAUGAAAGCGAUAGAGAAGUGAUAGCGAUAGAGAAGGUACACCAAGCUCGGUCAAGAAGACACGCAUAGAUCUAACUGCCAAAAGUGAUAGUGGUGAUAGCGAGGGGCACAGUGAAGUGAGCUCCAUCGAGAAGUCAAGAGUGUGCCUUACUGCUGGCAGUGAUAGUGACAAUGAUAGCAGGGAAGAAGGUGCGGUUUUAUUCAAGGAAUCUGAAAUCAUAUUUCAAAUUUGCUAUAUGGAUAAAAACAGAUGAGAGUGACCAUGAAACUAAGCCAACAAA